AUGGCAACCUGGGCAAAGGAGACAGUGCAUGGACAGCCUGUGAGCCUGAGCACCAUCACAGGCACUCCAGGCUCCAUGGCACUGAUCCUGGCAGCUUUGGUGGAGGUGGCUGCGCUGCUGGGCAACGGUGGGCUGCUGCUGGUGGUCCUGCGCACGCCAGGGCUGAGUGAUGCCCUCUACCUGGUACAUCUGUGCAUCGUGGACCUGCUGGCAGCCUCCACCAUCAUGCCUCUGGGCCUGUUGGCCUCCCCGCCGGGCUUGGGCCGGGUGUACCUGGGCCCAACGCCUUGCCGGGCCGCACGCUUCCUCUCGGCGGCUCUGCUGCCUGCCUGCACCCUGGCAGUGGCAGCCCUGGGCUUGGCACGCUACCGCCUCAUCGUGCAUCCCUUGCACCCAGGCUCACGCCCAACGCCCACCCUGGUGCUCACCACGCUCUGGGCUGCAGCCGGGCUGCUGGGCGCGCUUGCCCUGCUGGGGCCCCCGCCUGCACCACCUCCUGCCCCGGCUAGCUGCUCUGUCCUGGCUGGGGGCCUGGGGCCCUUCCGACCACUCUGGGCACUGCUGGCCUUCGCGCUCCCCGCCCUCCUGCUGCUCGGGGCCUACAGCAGCAUCUUCUUGGUGGCCCGUCGUGCAGCCCUGAGACCCCCAAGGCCCUCACGCGAGGCCCGGCCUCGUUCCGACUCACUGGACAGUCGCCUCUCCAUCCUGCCACCCCUCCGGCCACGUCUGGCUGGGGCCAAGGCAGCCCUGGCCCCAGCACUGGCUGUGGGCCAGUUUGCAGCCUGUUGGCUGCCCUACGGCUGUGCAUGCUUGGCACCCGCAGCACAGGCCGCAGCAGCAGAGACAGCAGUCACCUGGAUGGCCUACUCGGCUUUCGCAGUGCACCCCUUUCUGUAUGGCCUGCUCCAGCGCCCUGUGCGCCGGGCUCUAGGCCGUCUGGCCCGCCAAGCCCUGCCCAGGUCUCCAAGGGCCUGUAUUCCCAAGGCCUGGCGCCCGGGGACACUGCUGAGGCACCUCCAGGGACCUCCAAAGGGCCCUGUUGAAGCAUCAGAUCAAGCCCAAGCUUUGGACAGAAAGGAAUGUGAACAUGCUGGAGCCCACCCAAAGGGAGAGCCCUCUCCCAAGCUGAGCCCAGGACUACAGAAAGGAGGCUGGUAUCAGAAGGAGCCCAUCCAGCCCCCUGCACAAGCGUUGGCAGGUGCCCUGCCGUGACUUCCAGCUCUGGAACAGGAGCAAAGAUGCUGCUGUCUGGUGAGGUCCAGAGGCUUCUGGGAGCCAGGAGUCCUGGCUCAUGUGCCCUGGUGCACAGAUGUACCCUUCCACAGACCUUGGCUUUCCCUCUGUACCCUGGACCAUGACUAAGAGUUCCUUCAGCUUAGGCAGCUUGGACACUCAUGGAUGGUGGCCAGGCCAAAGGAGUGGAGGUAGGCAGGGACACAGAGAAGGCCGAAGGGCUCACAGCCAAAGGACAGGCCGGGCAGGGCAGGGCCUGGGUGACAGCCACAGCAGGAGGAAAGGAGUGGAGAAGACAUUCGGGAAGACUUUCCUGACGUCUGUGAUGAGGAGAGGCAGGUCAAAGCUUCUGGAACGUCUCCAUCCACUUCUCAAAGACCCGGCCAACAACUGGCUCUGUUGGCUGCCAGAGGCAGAAGGCUGUGCAUCAUGGUAUUCUAAGGGUCUGAAGCCCCAGAACUGGCAUUUGGAAGAGGCCAGGGGCCCAGCUGGAA